GAACGCGGAAACCAAAAGAACAUGGCUGACAUAGUGGUUAAACGUGAGUUAGAGAGUGAAGACGGUGAAUUAUCUCUCAAAGUCAAGAAGAGAAAAGUUAUCAGUGACAAUGUUGGAGAAGAAGGUGAACCUGAAUGUCAGAAGAUUCUGUCUGGGUUUAAAACAUCCAGCGUGCUGAGUGAUUAUACCCGGGAGAAAAGAAUUUUCAUCCACGGAACGUUAGCUGAUCAGGAUGCUGUGGUCAUUAUGGAGAAGACCCCCUUCAGAGAGGACGACCUGGCUGAAUUCUUCAGUAAUUCUACACUGAAGCUAGAUAUGAAAAAUGACAUCUACAGCACGUAUAAACUAAGGGCUCCUCCUCACCUCAAUGAGAUUAAGACCACGGUAGUGUGUCCAGCCACAAAGAAGCACUUAAACAAGUACAAGCGUCAGGAGAGUUUUCUAGUGGAGGAGACGAAGACUGACUAUGAAUCCAUCACUCUGCCCUUCAUUGAGAAGCAGAACACCUUCAGUUUGCAGUGGGUUUACAACAUCCUGCAGAAGAAGGCCGAGGUUGAGAGGAUAGUUUAUGAAGAUCCGGAUCCAGACACUGGCUUUAUGCUCCUCCCCGAUUUCAAGUGGGACCAAAAACAGGUAGAUGAUUUGUACCUGAUUGCCAUCGUACAUCCGAUGAACAUCAAGAGUCUGAGAGACCUGACAGCAGAACAUAUACCCCUGCUUAAGAACAUCUGGCAGAAAGGACAGGCGGCCAUCUUGGAGCGCUACAGCCUUCCAGCCAAUAAGCUGAGAGUUUACCUGCACUACCAGCCAUCCUACUACCACCUCCACAUCCACUUCACCAAUCUGGGCUAUGAUACUCCAGGCUGUGGCGUGGACCGAGCCCACCUCCUCUCAGAUGUCAUUCAAGCGCUAGUUUCAGCUCUUCUCCAAUAG